AUGGGCCUAGUUUGGUGCCAACGUGCCUGCUUCCAAGGAAAUAUUCUCCCACCAUUCACAGUGCUCACCAAGGGCACGCAGCAGGAGACGGUGGGAAAGUUCGUGGCGAAGCCUGUGGCUCUGUUUUCGUACCCACCUGGUGUAUCCACCUUUGGAUGUGGCUUGGAGUUGGCCUUCAGAGUCAACUUCACCUUUGCUCUCAUGCCCCAGUCGGGUACUGCUUGGUCCAGCGGCUUUGCAUUUGUAAUCGUGGCAAAGCCCAAGGCAGGAAAACCUGGUGGUGUGGGGUAUAGUGGAGUGGGACCCAGGAGCAUAGCCGUGGUAUUUGACACGCUUCAGGAUGAUGCGGGCGAGCAGCACGUGGGGCUGAGCAUCAAUGGUGCAGAGGAACCCUUCGUCAAGGAGGUGUCACCGUUCGCUUUCACUGAUGGCAAUUCAUACACUGUGUGGGUGGACUACGAGCCUGGAGAUCCCAGCACCAUUCAAGUGUUCCUGGCAAACUCAAACGUGAAGCCAGUGGAGCCGCUGCUGCAGAGGAAUGUGUCGUUGUGUGCGGUGCUGCAGCCUGGGGUGAAGCAUCUGGCAUUCUCGUUUGGAUUUGUGGCCUCCACCACUGUGAAGCCCUUCCAGCUGCAUGGCAUUCUCUUCUCCUCUGUGCAAAUAGGCAAGGCUUUUUUGGGGCAGGUCGUUCUUGAGAAAGAUGCGUGCUGGGCGUAUGCGGUGGUGGCGAGUGUGGAGGCGGCAUACGGCAUUGCAAAGCAGCAGAGCGCUCCCCGGCUGGCAGUGGAGGCGCUCUUCACCCUCAUGGGGCUCUCCGACUCCGACAAGUGCUCUGCUGGCGGCUCCCCCACCCACGCCCUUGAGACGCUCGUGGCUCUCGAUGCCACCAGUGGGCUCCCUGGUGCCAGCGACCCUGCAACAACGUACCCGGUGCAGGCUUUUGAGCGAGCGCAGUUCAAGGGGUAUGUGGGGCUCAUGCUGGCAGUGCAGCGGCAGCCAGUGGUGGUUCACGUCGAGGCGUCUGCUCCAACCUUCAUGCAGUAUGAUGGGGAUCCUGGUUGCUACACGGGCAGUCUCAACCAUGUUGUACUCGUUAUUGGCUACUUCAUCACAAGAAACGAUGGCAGCCAGAACCGCAUUGCGCCUCCGUUUUGGAUCAUCCGCAACUCCUGGGGAGAGGAGUGGGGCCAAAGGGGACAUAUGCGCAUGGACAUUCAGGGAGGGGAUGGCGUGUGUGGCAUCAACGUGCUGCCUGGCAUCUACCCCAUUGUGAAGAGUAAGGCAUCUAAUACCCCACUGGAAAGAGCAAGCCAUAUCUACACUGUCAUCGUUCCAGGGGACCCUUGUGGAGAAAGCAGCUACAAGGGCGAUGGGGAUUCGCAGCCCAGCAUGAACCCGUGCGGCCGGUUCCAGUGCCAGGGGACGGCAGCAAGCAGCAACUACUGCACCUGCAAUAUUCCCACGUCCACUGUGCAGCCUUUUGUGGAGGUUGCAAACGGAAUUGGCUCCACUUGUGCUUAUGUGGACGUGUGUGGGUCAUACUUCAAGAAUCCCUGCUACGUGGGAGCAUGCAUCAACGAUGGCAAGGGCUCCUACUCCUGCAUCUGCCCUCCCAACCACAUUCCCAGCACAACUGUUGACGGCUUCCCCACCUGCGAUCCAGCCAACACCACAGCCACCACAAUGACAGUCAGUGGUGAUAACUGGUUGUGUUCGGAUGUUCAUCCACUUGUUGGCCUCUCACUGACUGACUUCACUGACCAAAACGCGGGCAUCGACUGCAACCAGCCAUUGCCCAAGGGCAGUGUCCUUCAGCUGGAUGGUACUCCCGCCACACCCUGCACUGCCUUCUUCUACUCUCUCAAUGACCAUGACCUCAGCAUGGCCUUCUCACACAUCGCAAGCACCAAGUGUCACUUUGCCUGCUUCUCUCCAACCAUCCAGGGGGACACCUGUGCAUCCAUCACUCCAGUGCUCAGCCUGAAUGAGGCAAGUCUCGCUGCGCUCAACCCCGGCCUUGACUGCUCCGAGUCCAUCAAGGCAGGCCGUUCUGUGUGCCUCGAGCGCAAUGCUACCUUUGCCUUCACCGUGCCUGAGUGUGUCCGAUACGGCACGCUCACACCUCAAGACACGUGCGACCGGCUGAUUCAAAGGACCAGCAAUUCACAAGGGGGCGCCAGUGCCAGUGAGAAAGCAUGGGCUGCGCUGUAUCGCAACAAUCCCGGCCUCACUUGCUCUGCUACCAUCCCUUCCUCUGCCUCCGCUGUCGGCACUAACAUUGGUGUGCAGGUGAGGAUUGUGAGGGCUGGGGGGAGCGACCUUGGGGAUGGGGGGAAAAAUGAAAGGUAG